AUGAAAAAGAAAGAUGGCAAAAUUACAUUGGGAAUGCUAAAAGGCAAACCCGUAACGACGUCAGUACCGCAAAUUUCUAUAAAAUUCCACGCUAACGCCGAGGAAAUCGAAGAAUUGUACGGCAGUGACGAUGAAAUUGCCAGUAAGAGCCACGAGAAAUCCGACAAGAUCUCUGCUUCGAGCACACCAACAAGUUUAGGUGAGCCAGAUAGCAGUCCUCUGAAAUAUUUUAACAAACUUGGCAAGAGAUCAACAAGUGUAGAUGUAACGAGUAACCAACCUUUAAAUGCGUCACCGCCAUCGGACCCUUGGAGGUUUUUCACCGAUAUAAAGGGUAAAAUUACCAAAAGCGUCGAAGAAAAAAUAACAGAGAUCAAAUCCAGAAACAAUGAAGAAGGUUCACCUAUUCACAAAUCCAAAGGGGACACCUCCAAAUCUGACUUGAAAACCGUCAAAGACAGCAAGGAAAACUCGAGCAUUUCCGAUUCCGAGGACCUUUCGGAAAGCAGCAUUUCACGAACCUGCGGCGUUUUCUCCACCACUGAAGGAGUGGAAAUGUCGAGCGACGAGGACACCCCCUCUUUGGACAAAGACAAAAAGAACGAGAAACUGCUCUCAGUAACGCCGCCUUCCAGCUUCAAGCAGAAAUUCCGCUUCUUCAGGCGGCACCACCAGGAGGAAGGCGCCAUAAAAAUCAACGAUCUCUCGAAACUCUGCAACAUAAACACCGAAAACGCGGAGCAGGUGCUGCCCGAGGAAUCCGAGGGAGUGGAGAACGCCGUGGACGCGCUCGAGGAGUCCGCUCUGCGAUCGAAACCUCGCCAGGACGAACUCUCCAGCGAAGAGGUCCUGAAAGUGGUCGCGCAGAGGAUAUCAAACAUCGAAUUCGAUAACGACAACGUGAUUAAUAUUAGGGAGGUGAGCGGUAGCGAAAUUCGCGAGAAGUAUUUCGAUUGUCGCGAGGAGGAGAAGGCCGUGUUCGCUCCCACGGGUUUCGUCGAUUUGCGUCCCGCGAAAACCAGUAAUCGUCCAGAAUAUAAUUAUUUUUCUGCAAUCGUAUUUGUGAUAUCUGUUGCUUCCUAUGGACUUGUACAGUAUUAUUCUCCGUACAUCGCUGGUUUGAUUGUAGGAAUCGCGGCGUCUUUUGUAGCGUUCAAGAUAUACUCUAAAUUGUAUCCGAGAAAUAUAGCGCCUCCGGUAGCAUCUUCCAGUCCGUUAGUCACAAAUAAAAUAGUGGAGAUCCAUCCGAUAAAGGAGUACCAGCCGUUAGAAAAAUUCGAGGGCUGGGUGAACGAGUAUCCGGACGUUUACAGCCCUUCCAGUUACCACGUCGCCCACACUCAGUCGGUGUUUUUGAGGCUGCAGGGGAACCUGUUGAGGAUCAGCCACGCUAAGAACAAAAUUCCCAAGAGGGCGAUGUGGAACGAGGCCGAAAUAAAAGCCAAUUUCACGCAGCAUAGAAUUUACAAUUUAGUAGGAGCCAAAGUGUAUCUAUUGCCCGAAGGAUUGGCUAAAAUUAGACACUGGAGUAAAAAAUACCCAAUUUGCAUCGCUUUAGCCAAAGACCAGUGCAAUUUCGAUCGCGACAUGUUGUCGAAACUAAAAGACGAGUUACUCAAAGACGUGGAUAUCGAUUCGAAUCGUUCGACUGAUAAAGUGGUAACUCCCAAGGAUAAGAAGGUUUUCAACAGAUUCAAAAAGAAAGAGUACCCCAUGCUGUCGCAGAGGUUCAGCAAAUUAACGGAAGGCGAGGAAUUCGAUUUUUUCGAUUCAGAUUCACGCGCUAGCACCCCUUCCGCUGAUAUAUCCGACAUUGCCGAUUCACCCGCAUUGGACGAUGAAGAUGUACCUCUUGUCAAAGACGAAGACAUUAGCAAUAUAUCAAUAACCAACGCAACGGAAGAAGAUUCGAGUGGUUUGUUACCGGAACAAAAUAAUCCCAAUGAACUCAAGAUAUACCUAUUCGGCCGGACUGAUAGAGAGAAAGCAGACUGGUUCAGGAGAUUGUGCUUGGCCACCCAUCAAGGCAGCGGUUUGGUUUCUUUCAUCUCGAGCAAUCCCGAUAUCAAAGAGACCGUUUCCGAAUCACUAUUGAACGUCGCCAACACCGAACUCGAGUACAAACGAUACAUGAGCAUGUUCAAGGUGACUCCCAGAUCUCCCGUAAGCGAAAAACCGGAAAACGAACAAUCCCCUACCGAUACCGAUCAAAACGAGGAGCCUCUGUUGUGGAUAAACGCGUUGCUCGGGCGAGUGCUCUUCGAUUGCGUCCGCAACGCCACCUUCAUCGACAAAGUCAAAGAGAGGAUCCAGCGGAAGCUGUCCACUAUCAAACUGCCGUACUUCAUCGAGGAGCUGCUGAUACCGGAGCUCUCCUUGGGCAAGACGUCGCCGCGCAUCGUGCGAACCGGAACGCCCGCCAUGGACGAGCGAGGGCUGUGGAUCGAUCUCGACAUCAACUACGAGGGCAUGGUGAUACUCACGUUACAGACCAAACUCAAUUUGAUGAGACUGAAAAAUCCGCACGCUUACGAUAAAUCUACUAGUCAGGUGAAGUCGGCCAUUUAUCACUCGGACGUGGACGAUUCGGCCGAGAGCAGCUCGGACGAGGAGGGUCUACAGGAGGUUCCCAACGCGCCGCACGAUUCUACAGCGCCCGCCAAGAAGAGCUACUUGAAAUACGUGGAUAAAUUGGCCGAAUCGCGGUUCUUCCAAGCCGCUACCGAGAACCGGUACAUCAAAAAGGCCAUGGAAGGAGUUUCCAAUACUGAUUUGAGGCUAACGGUGGAAAUAAAAUCCCUAGUGGGGACUUUAGUGCUGAAUAUUCCAAGGCCGCCUACCGAUCGCGUUUGGGUGGGUUUCCGGCCCAUUCCGGAAUUAUUGUUGUCCGUUAGGCCAGUGGUGGGUGAAAAAAAUAUUAGUUAUCAAAUAGUAACGAAUUGGAUAGAGAAGAAACUAAUACAAGAAUUUCAGAAAGUUCUAGUGAUUCCAAAUAUGGAGGAUUUGCUGAUACCUGUGAUGAAUUCAAAAUUACCAUAUUAG